AUGUUGGGCACAGCGUCAGGGGACAGGAACAUCAUUGGGCCUGCGGGAAUGGAGUCACUUUCUAACUGCCUAGCAGUCAACACGACCCUUACGAGUCUGAAGUUGGAUGCAAACAGCAUUGCCCUCAGGGGCAUGCGAUCAUUGGCCCCAGGUCUGCACCUCAACACGUCCUUGCGAUCAUUGGAUCUCUCAUCCAACGGCCUCAAGAACAAGGCGAUCAAGCUCCUGUCCGACACUCUCGCUGUCGGCGGCUUGACCUCGCUUGACCUCAGUCGCAAUCAGAUCUCGGACGAAGGAGCGAACUUUCUUGCAGACGCGUUGAAGGGAGACAACAUCCUCCAGAGCCUCUGCCUUGACUUCAACGACAUCGAGGGGCCCGGAGGGCAGGCGCUCGGACUCGGGCUGAAGUCCAACACUAGGCUGACGAGCUUAUCCAUGUGCCACAACAAGUUGGGAUCCGCAGGGUUGUCAGGGCUAGCGGAGAUGUUCCCGAUCGUGGCCCCGUCGCCGACGAAAGCAGGAGGGAACGACACAGAGGGAUCGUUCUGCAUCAUGGAAAUCUUGAAGCUGAGCAACAACUCGAUUUCCAACGAAGGAGCGAAUCUGCUCUUCAACCGUCUCCGUGACAACUUCACUUUGAAGACGCUGGACUUGUCUCAGAACGCGAUCUCGCAGCAUGCUGCAAGAGAGAUCGGCAGCUGUUUGAGGUCCAACUGCUGUCUGACGUCACUGAACCUGUCCAUGAACAAGUUGCACUCUUUGGGAGUCUCGAUGAUCAGUUCGGGGCUUGAGCUCAACACAACGCUGAAGAAACUGUUUCUAAGGGAUGUAAAUAUGAAAGAUGAAUGCGUCGGUCAGCUGGCUGUGUCUCUGAGAUCAGGUGGGUAG